AUGUAUGAGUAUAUGGAUGAACCUUCUGCAAUUCAAUUAUCUGAUUUAAAUGAAUAUAUCACGUGCAAAUUAUGUAAAGGUUAUUUAAUUGAUGCAGUCUCAAUAAUUGAAUGUCUUCAUCCAUUUUGUAAAUCGUGUAUUGUAAAGUAUUCAGAAGAGAAACGUGAUUGUCCUGUAUGUGGGAUUCUUAUUCACCAAAGUCAUCCCUUAAAUUAUAUGAGCUUUGAUCGAACUCUCCAAGAUAUAGUGUAUAAAGUUGUACCUGAUUUACGACAGAAAGAAAGACAGCGUCGAGAAUCCUUUUAUAGAUCAUUGGGGAAAACGCCACCUCCUACAGAGGAUUAG